AUGGCGACGCGGCGAAUCAUCAGCUCCGAAAAGACCAUCCUCGAAAAGGACGACCACCCCCCCGAGGAAAAGUCAAACAUCUCCCCGGCAGUCCCCAAGCAUGUCAUCUUCAAACUCUUGGGCUUCACCCUGGCCAUGAUUGUCGUGCCCAUUGGCUCCUACUUCCUCACCGUCGACACAGUCUUCAAAGGCAACUCGUCAUACGCCGGGGCCUUGGCUGCGCUUCUAGCAAACGUUGUGCUGAUUGCCUAUGUCGUCGUGGCCAUGAACGAGGAUGAAUCCGAGAGAAAGGGGGCCAGCAAGAUGGAGAGCAGGAAAGACCGGUGA